AUGGCUGAUUCGACUCAAGCCAGUUACGAAAAGAACAAAGAAGUAGCAGAGUCUGAGUCAAUGGAAUCAUCAACGAAAGUACCUUUCGAAAGACUCGAAAAAGUCAUGAGAGAGGGUUUCCAUGCAAUGACCAAUUCCAUGGAUCUCCUAUCUCAAAGCGUCGUUCAGACUGUUGAGAGAGGCCAUCUAAACACAACCCUACAAGGGAAUGAAACAAGGGCAUAUCUAGGUCACCUCUUCGAACGGGCCAUGCAGGCAGAACAAGACGAUAAAAUGCCCCGGAAGGAAGCUGGGAUACUAUCAAAUGUCCAGACGCCUUUGUUAAUACAAGGAUACUCUUCAGGGCAAACGAGUGGGCAUGCCCAGCCAUCGACUUCAGAGAGGGUAGACCAGACCGCAGGGUCUAAUAUCACUGCAAUGGCACCGCAAGUGCCAAAGGUGAUUUCACCACCCAAGGACGUUGCCAGUCAACAUUUUGCUCUAUUUGGAACGCCCUCCAAAUACCAGGCUCCCAGAACUGGCGAACCAGCCCUACCACCAGAGUCGGUCCGAAGAAACAUGCAUGCUAAUAGAUGGCGACAACCAGCAGGGUUGAACGUACCUAUCAACAAUGUUGAUAACGGAGGUAACAGACGAGGAAGACAACACAACGCACGGAUGCCCGAACCAAUUCCGGAAUUCAAUGACGAAGAAGAUGCAGGACAGGCUCCUCUGGCCGGUGCCGAACCUGCACCCAGACACCUUUCAGACAUGGAUAUUCGUAAUGAAAUGGAAGCACUAAGGCAACUAGUUUAUAAUGGUCCGGCCGGUAUUCAGAGACCGGCCCGACCUACCUAUCAGAAACCUUAUCCUGCUUAUAUCGGCGAUUUACCCUUCCCAAGAGGCUUCAAAGUUCCGAGUUUUAGCCUGUUCAAUAGGGAAGACUUGUAUGCGUCAGCAUUAGAGCAUAUAUGCCGGUUCUCAGCCCAGUGCGUAGCCAUAAAAACCCAACCACUCUUGAAGUUGAGAUUAUUUGAUAGCUCUCUAUCAGGUCAGGCUUUCACUUGGUAUUCCAAUCUAAGCCCGAACUCCAUCCUUGGAUUGGCAUAA